CUCAUGACGACGUACUAUUGACUGACGAAGGACCCACAAACGGCGGCUCAUCGUUGAGUUUAAUGGAAAUUGUUAGUAUAAAUUAUACUUUAUCCAUCUGAAAUCUGAAACAUCAUAGAUAACACGCCGUUUUGAGCUGGGCUUAGUGCUCUUUUUGCAGCCCCUGAAGAUCCUGGUGGGAAAACCACAGAAAGGGAGCCAUGUUUCUGUACAACAUCACCCUGCAGCGUGCCACUGGCAUCACUCAUGCUAUCCAUGGGAACUUUUCAGGAACCAAGAUGCAGGAGAUCGUUGUUUCCAGGGGAAAGAUCAUAGAAUUAUUGCGGCCAGAUGCCAACACGGGAAAGGUUCACACUCUGCUCACAGUGGAGGUGUUUGGUAUCGUCAGAUCCCUGAUGGCCUUCAGACUCACCGGAGGAACCAAAGACUACAUUGUUAUUGGCAGUGACAGUGGACGUAUUGUCAUCCUGGAAUAUCAUCCAUCAAAAAACAUGUUUGAGAAGAUCCACCAGGAAACGUUUGGAAAGAGUGGCUGCAGACGCAUCGUCCCCGGACAGUUCCUGGCCGUGGACCCAAAAGGCAGAGCUGUGAUGAUAGGAGCGACCGAGAAACAGAAGCUGGUUUAUAUUCUGAACAGAGAUGCAGCUGCGAGGCUCACCAUUUCCUCUCCACUGGAAGCCCACAAAGCCAACACACUGGUGUACCACGUAGUGGGAGUCGACGUCGGCUUUGAAAACCCCAUGUUUGCCUGCCUGGAGAUGGACUAUGAGGAGGCUGACAGUGACCCGACAGGAGAAGCUGCCGCCAACACGCAACAGACGCUCACCUUUUACGAGCUGGACCUCGGGUUGAAUCACGUGGUGCGAAAGUACAGUGAGGCUUUGGAAGAGCAUGGAAACUUUCUCAUCACUGUUCCUGGUGGUUCGGAUGGUCCCAGUGGAGUUCUGAUCUGCUCCGAAAACUACAUCACCUACAAGAACUUUGGAGACCAGCCUGACAUCCGCUGUCCCAUCCCGCGACGCAGGAAUGACCUGGAUGACCCGGAGCGCGGCAUGAUUUUUGUCUGCUCAGCAACUCACAAGACCAAGUCCAUGUUCUUCUUCCUGGCCCAAACUGAGCAGGGAGACAUCUUCAAGGUUACGCUGGAAACAGAUGAGGAAAUGGUCACAGAAAUCCGGCUAAAAUACUUUGACACCAUCCCCGUGGCAACAGCCAUGUGUGUCCUGAAGACUGGCUUCUUGUUUGUGUCUUCAGAAUUUGGCAACCAUUACCUUUACCAGAUUGCUCACUUGGGUGACGAUGACGAGGAGCCCGAGUUCUCCUCUGCAAUGCCCCUGGAGGAGGGAGACACCUUCUUCUUCCAGCCCCGCCCCCUCAAGAACCUCGUGCUGGUGGACGAACAGGAGAACUUAUCCCCCAUCAUGACCUGUCAGAUUGCUGAUUUGGCCAAUGAAGAUACACCACAGUUGUACGUUGCCUGUGGACGAGGACCACGGUCUACUCUGAGGGUCCUUAGACAUGGACUGGAGGUAUCAGAGAUGGCUGUGUCUGAGCUGCCCGGUAACCCUAAUGCUGUGUGGACAGUACGCAAACAUGUAGAAGAUGAGUUUGAUGCCUACAUCAUCGUGUCUUUCGUGAACGCUACUCUGGUUCUUUCCAUCGGAGAGACUGUAGAGGAAGUGACAGAUUCUGGAUUCCUAGGAACAACACCCACUCUCUCCUGCUCGCUGCUCGGUGAAGACGCCCUGGUGCAGGUGUACCCAGACGGUAUCCGCCACAUCCGAGCAGACAAGCGUGUGAACGAGUGGAAGACUCCUGGCAAGAAAACCAUUGUGCGCUGCGCUGUGAACCAGCGACAGGUCGUCAUCGCUCUCACUGGAGGGGAGCUGGUCUACUUUGAGAUGGACCCGUCUGGCCAGCUGAAUGAGUACACAGAGCGUAAGGAGAUGUCUGCAGACGUUGUGUGUAUGAGCCUGGCUAACGUCCCUCCUGGUGAGCAGCGCUCGCGGUUCCUGGCUGUGGGACUGGUAGACAACACCGUGCGAAUCAUCUCCCUGGACCCUUCGGACUGCCUCCAGCCGUUGAGUAUGCAGGCCCUGCCAGCCCAGCCUGAGAGUCUGUGUAUUGUUGAGAUGGGAGGAGUGGAGAAACAGGAUGAACUCGGAGAAAAGGGAACCAUCGGCUUCCUCUACCUCAACAUAGGGCUCCAGAACGGCGUGCUGCUGAGGACUGUUCUGGAUCCAGUGACGGGCGACCUGUCAGACACCAGAACACGCUACCUGGGGUCCCGACCCGUCAAGCUCUUCAGAGUCAGGAUGCAGGGGCAGGAAGCUGUUCUGGCCAUGUCCAGUCGGUCCUGGCUGAGCUACUCGUACCAGUCGCGCUUCCAUCUGACCCCGCUGUCAUACGAGACUCUGGAGUACGCCUCUGGCUUUGCCUCUGAGCAAUGCCCUGAAGGCAUCGUCGCCAUUUCCACCAACACACUGAGAAUCUUGGCUUUGGAGAAAUUGGGAGCAGUCUUCAACCAGGUGGCCUUUCCUCUGCAGUACACUCCGAGGAAGUUUGUAAUCCACCCGGAGACCAACAACCUCAUUUUGAUCGAGACCGACCACAAUGCCUACACCGAGGCAACCAAAGCCCAGAGGAAGCAACAAAUGGCUGAGGAGAUGGUGGAGGCUGCUGGAGAAGAUGAGAGAGAACUAGCCGCUGAGAUGGCUGCUGCGUUCCUCAACGAGAACCUCCCAGAAGCUAUUUUUGGUGCACCUAAAGCCGGAGCAGGACAGUGGGCCUCACUGGUGCGGCUCAUCAACCCCAUACAGGGAACAACACUGGACCUGGUGCAGCUGGAACAGAACGAAGCUGCGUUCAGUGUUGCAGUGUGUCGCUUCCCCAACACAGGAGAUGAUUGGUAUGUCCUGGUGGGCGUUGCCAGAGACAUGAUCCUCAACCCCAGAUCAGUGAGCGGCGGAUUCAUCUACACCUAUCGGCUCAUCAGCGGAGGGGAGAAACUGGAGUUUGUGCACAAAACACCAGUCGAGGACGUUCCUCUGGCUAUUGCUCCAUUCCAGGGUCGAAUCCUGGUGGGAGUGGGCAAACUGUUGAGAAUCUACGACCUGGGGAAAAAGAAGCUGCUUCGCAAAUGUGAAAACAAGCACGUUCCCAACCUGGUGACCAGCAUCCACACCAUCGGCCAGCGUGUGAUCGUGACGGACGUUUCGGAGAGCCUGUUCUGGGUCCGCUACAGACGCAACGAGAACCAGCUGAUCAUCUUCGCCGAUGACACGUAUCCCCGCUGGGUGACCACGGCCUGUCUGCUCGACUACGACACCAUGGCCGCCGCUGACAAGUUUGGGAACAUCAGUAUCGUGCGCCUUCCGCCCAACACCAGCGAUGAUGUGGAUGAAGACCCCACUGGGAACAAAGCUUUAUGGGACAGAGGCCUCCUUAAUGGAGCAUCACAGAAGGCUGAGGUGAUUAUGAACUACCACGUAGGAGAGACCGUGUUAUCCAUCCAGAAAACCACUCUGAUCCCCGGAGGAUCCGAGUCCAUGGUCUACACCACGCUGUCCGGAGGCAUCGGCAUUCUGGUCCCGUUCACGUCACAUGAGGACCAUGACUUCUUCCAGCAUUUAGAGAUGCACAUGCGCUCUGAGUUCCCCCCACUGUGCGGCAGAGACCACCUCAGCUUCAGAUCCUAUUACUUCCCAGUCAAGAAUGUGAUUGAUGGAGAUCUGUGUGAGCAGUUUAACAGCAUGGAUCCUCACAAGCAGAAAAGUGUGGCGGAGGAGCUGGACAGAACACCGCCCGAGGUGUCUAAGAAACUGGAGGACAUUCGUACUCGCUACGCCUUCUAAUCGUACACCCUCAUGCAGCAGGGCUGGACACACACACACACACACACACACACACACACACACACACACACACACACACACACACACACACACACACACACACACACACACACACACACACACACACACACACACACACACACACAUAUCUCCUUCAGUACCACAGUGUGCCCAGGUUCAGGAAACACACACACCUUAUUACGCAGAAACAAACCGCAAGACGUCACAUGGUUUUGAUUCCCGUACAUUGCAAGUCACACACAGCUCAUCCUUGCAACGCAAACACCCGCAAUUCAAAUUAUGAGUGCGCAAACUUUCAGUAUUGCCGUCAUUACCUGGAAACAUGGCAGGAAGUCUCGGGCCAGUUCAGCCCUCUUGCAUUGCUAGACUGUUAAAUUACCUUGAUUCAGACAAACAGCAGUGGGAACAUUCUCAUCACACUCAGUCAUAAGCGUUGUUCACACACAGAUGUGUGGACAGAAACUGAGGAGCAACUGUCAUCUACACCUCAAGUACAUGCAACCAAAAUAAUUGUAAGCGCAUACAUUUUAUUUAAAUGCCAAGCAGAGAAGUCUAGUUAGGGACACAAUGUGUAGAGAGGGAUUGUCACUCUGAAAUCUAAGAACAUUUUUUGUCUGUUAUUCAGCACGACGGUGUGUUUGUGUCCUUUAAUCUAAGCUGAAUGAAACAUGUUUUUGUAUGGUAAGGUCUUUUUUAUGUGUAUUGAUUAGAAUUAUGCCAUUAUGCAUAUACCAUAGUCCAUGAGGGUAUCAUUAAAUCUUUCUUAGCCCCUCGCCCUGUCUGUCUGUUUGAUGACAUGUCGGCCUCUUUAAAGCAUAUUGCUUACUUGCAACUGGGAACCAAACAGAAGCCAGCGUCUGACCCACGUUUGGAGAAGUGUUGCCAUACUUUGGCAUUAGACGUCGACCGGACUCAGACUAAAUAAGUGGGUGGAAGAACACUGAAGGUUUGCACUGGGUGUUGUUCUUCUCAGUCCUGUAAAUUCCCAACCUCAGCCACAGGCUCAGACAUAGCAUUCCUCAGUAGUCACUGAAUUUAGGGGUUUGUGGGAUGGGGGCAGUGGUCUGUUUUUUGUAAAUAAAGUUGUUGUUUUUUUGUGCUUUUAUAAAACCA